AAUGCGCAACAUUCAGCAACAGAUGCCUUUGAAAUGCACACAGUGUCGGGUUUGAAACACGGGGAAAUCAUCCGUUAGUCGCCUCAGGAGCUUCUGCUUCUGAAUUCCCUCCUCAGCUGCCGUUAAGAGAAAAACUCGGUGCAUCUUGUCUUGGGCUUUCAGUUUCCAUCAACAUUUUCUGACGAAACAUAGAGCUGUCCAGCGCAACUGCGAUUUGUAAGAGAGGAGCAGAGAUCUGCAGCGCCAGUAAACGCUGAUUUAAAAUAUAAGACGUGUAGAAAGUGCGUUUGAGUUUUCUACGCCGAGUAAACGAAAGAAUCUGCUAGAAUCCGCCUUGACAACGCGGACAGAAACAUAAUUAUUGGAUUUAGAGACAUGAGUAUUCAGAAUGGUGUAACUUUAAGGAGGGCUGCAGUGAACAUCGCUCAAGAGAAACGAUCAAAUAUCUAGACGAGCGGACGGAGUCAGAAGGAUGCUGUGAGGUGAUGCUGUAACACAUUAAACAGCGUUCAGCGGAGUCAGCACGUUAUGUUAAAUCUAUGGACUGCGGUUGUGGAUGUAGGCAAGAUAUCUGAGGAGCAUUGGGCCAGUGCGCGUUGAGAAUCGGCGGCAUACCGCAGUGUUUUUAAGGGUUUAUCUCGAUUAGAGCUAGAUCGGGAGCCAAUACCUACACUACUAAGUAUUAACUCUGCUGGAUUUUACCCAAAGGGAAUAUUGAACUGGAAUAGACAGGCUGUUGUGAAACCCAUGUGAUUCAGACAUUUCUUUCCUGGAUUUGGAUACUACGCUAUGUUACGUUUCCAGCCAAACAUAACGUUGGUGAUUUAUCUGCUUUUUCCUCUACACAUUUUGUAUAAGAUUUUUUUCUUCUAGCCCCCCUCCCCCUUUUUUGCACCUGCUUUGCUUUGUCAAAGCUCACAGACCGCUUUAGAGCGCGCCUGCCCUUACUUACAUCUCCUUAAAUCGUGCAUGGAUUCUACAUGAAGUGGGAUUUUGCGAGGGCUGCAGUGAUGCUCCCUUUUACCGCUAUCGCUUCUCACAUCACGUUGAAUAAUAGACUGCCUGUAAAUGUCUGGGGAGAGAAAAUCGGUGGGCAUUAAAUUAUGAAUGUUGAACAAGAUGACCUCUUACCAUCAGCGCCAGAUGUUGAGAGGUCCUAGAUGGAAAGGGGCUUGGUUUGACCCCUUGUUUCUCCUGCUUUUAGCCCUGCAGUUGCUUGUCGUCGCUGGAUUGGUGCGAGCUCAAACCUGUCCAUCCGUAUGUUCCUGCAGCAACCAAUUUAGUAAGGUCAUCUGUACACGCAGGGCUCUAAAGGAUGUCCCUGAUGGCAUCUCCACCAAUACACGGUAUCUAAACCUUCAGGACAAUCAAAUACAAGUGAUCAAGGUAGACAGUUUCAAGCAUCUCCGACACCUAGAAAUUCUUCAGCUUAGCAGGAACCACAUCCGCAACAUUGAGAUUGGCGCCUUUAAUGGGCUGACCAGCCUUAACACUCUGGAGCUCUUUGACAAUCGCCUCACAACCAUCCCAAAUGGCGCCUUUGAGUAUCUCUCAAAACUGAAGGAGCUGUGGCUUAGGAAUAACCCUAUCGAGAGCAUACCAUCUGAUGCCUUCAGUCGCUUGCCGUCCCUGCGGAGGUUGGAUCUGGGGGAGCUGAAGCGUCUCUCCUACAUCUCAAGUGGAGCAUUUCAGGGAUUGAGUAACCUUCGCUACUUGAACCUGGGCAUGUGUAACCUCAAAGAGGUCCCUAACAUCCAGCCCUUGAUUCGCUUGGACGAGUUGGAAAUGUCUGGGAAUCAGCUCACAGUGAUCCAGCCCAGUUCUUUUAAGGGCCUCAUCCAUCUUCAGAAGCUGUGGAUGAUGCACGCCCAAGUCCAAACCAUAGAGCGGAACUCCUUGGAUGACCUGCAGUCGUUAAGAGAGCUCAACCUGGCACACAACAACCUCACCUUUUUGCCCCAUGAUCUCUUCACGCCUUUGCACCACCUGCAGCGGGUACAUUUGCAUCACAAUCCUUGGAACUGUAACUGUGACAUUCUUUGGCUGAGCUGGUGGCUGAGAGAGACUGUCCCGACGAACACCAGCUGCUGUGCCCGCUGCAAUUCCCCUCUCAGCAUCAAGGGGCGCUACAUUGGCGAGCUGGACCAGAGCUACUUUCAGUGCUAUGCCCCGGUUAUUGUCGACCCUCCCGCUGACCUCAAUUUGACUGAAGGAAUGGCAGCAGAGCUCAAAUGUCGGACGACUUCAGUGACCUCGGUCAGCUGGCUAACACCAAAUGGCUCCAUCUUAACGCACGGGACGCUCAAGAUGCGCAUCUCUGUCCAAAAUGACGGAACGUUAAACUUCACCAACAUCACCGUCCAGGACACGGGAACCUACACUUGCAUUGUAAGCAACACGCUGGGCAACAUUUCAGCUUCUGCUGUCCUCAAUGUGACCACCAUUGACAACAGUGGUUUCAGCUACUUUACGACGGUGACCGUAGAGACAAUAGAAACCCCAAACGAUGGGGACAGUAGGACACCGGUGCAGCCUUCUUUUGGCUGGGCUUCCUCCUCAACCACAAGGGGAACACCCAUCGCCACAGAGAGGGCAUACACCAUUCCUGUGACUGAGAUAGACAUGGAUGGGGCUAUCAAUGGCUUGGAGGAGGUGAUGAAAACCACCAAGAUCAUCAUCGGCUGCUUCGUGGCCAUCACACUUAUGGCUGCUGUCAUGCUCAUAAUAUUCUACAAGAUGCGCAAGCAGCAUCACCAGCAGGAUCACGAUGGACCGACCCGCACCAUUGAGAUCAUCAAUGUUGAUGAGGAACUGACAAGGGUUCCAGCCAUGGAGAGUCACCUGACUCUUCCACCUCUGGAGCAUGAUCAUUACAACCACUAUAAUUCCUACAAAACUGCUUAUAACCACAUGGCCACUCUCAGCUCUUUGCAUAGUUCGGUGCAUGAACCUUUACUAAUUCAAGCCAGCUCAAAGGAUAACGUACAGGAGACACAAAUUUGACCAUGCUUUCAGUUGGAUGAACUAAACUGUACUAAUGAGGUUUCAUAUUUGGUUGCGGACAUGCUUUCAUGAAGGCUGCAGCUUGAAUUAAGACAUUCAGCAGUGUCAUUGAGAGUCUGGGUGUAUGUAUUAUUUUAACAAGUGUCUUUACAAAUCUUAUUUAUUGAAGAUAUGUGAAGUGACUAUCAUGAAUCAUAAAAAAGAUUUUAUAAUUUUUCUCUUUUUCAAUGCAGACUGGGAGAAUGAAUGGUGUUCUUUCAUUUGUUGCUAAAAUUAAGUUCAUCUGCCAUGAAAGCAAUGAGACUACAGUCAUUGUUGUUGUUUUUUCACUUUUGGCAUAUUACAUCCCUUUGCUUAAACGUGUUUUUGUAUUCUGAGACACUGAAUCCUUCAAACAAAUACUGGCCAAUGAAUACACAGCAGACUUCAAAUUGCAUGGAGCAUUUAGAUAUGAAUAGCAGGCCCGAUGGGUGCAGCUGCGCUAGAGAGGUAAAGAAACGGUUACAUUUCCUAAUGAAAUUGUCAGUCUGGAUUUUAUAUUUUUAUGUUGUUUUUAACAAGUCCCACUUUACAAAUGCUACUAAACAAUCCUACCAUACCAAAUGUGUUUUAUUACAUGGCAAAUUUACAUGUUGGUUAAAUUGGAUAGAAAUUCCACUUAUAAUUAUGACACAAGGUACCCAGAAAGGACACACACACACACACAUUGUUUUCCUUUGAAAUUUUUUUAAUGAAUCUUGAAAAGAGCAUGCUGUGUAUUUGACUGUGGAUUUUCUGUUCUACCAAAUUCCCAAACAAACAUGUUUAAUGUUAGUGAGGACUUCCACAUUUGCUGCAAGUUAAUUUAUGUUAUUUAUUUAACAUCAAUUCAAUUAUGAUUCGAUAUUAUAACUUAAUAGUUGACAUUCUCAAGUGAGUAUCUUGUAGAAACAUUAAACACAGUUUAGAUCACUAACACUAAUGUUAUCAACUGUAAUUGCUUUAAACUGAGUUUUAAUCCCGAUACUGUGCAAUUUAACAAUUAAUUUGGGAGAUUGGCAGAUAAAAAAUGCUUGGCAAUGUCACACUUCAUUCCAGCACAGGUAAGAACGAAAUCCAUUUAAUUUACCCUAUUUUAUGAGCACAUUUUAAUUGAAGUCACACUCUUAACGACAUUCUUCAGUUCUAAUGAAAAUAAAAGUAAAGCUUGUCUCAGUAAUCAGCAAUAAAAAGGGGGCGGGGCUUAGUGAAGGGCCAAUUACCAUGAAUUCCAUGCCAAUGACAUAUGAACAAAACAUUAAUGAUACAUCAUUGAACAUCUGAUUUGUACAAUAGUUGCCCCAAUACCAAAUUUGUGUGACUUUAAACCAAAACACCGAAAUGUAAUUUUCAUGUCAUGUAAGACUAGAAAUAACCCCGAGUGGCUAAAGAAGAGAAAAUUGGAUUUGAAGUCUCCUGCGCUAUUUGGAAAUAAA